CGCUUCCGCCAUGGCCCUCAACAACGGCUACACGGGGCGACGGCCCUCGACACUGGGCGAUCCAGCGCCUCGGCCCGAGAACAUCGCCAUCCCGCCCUCGCCCUUCCUCAACGACUUCGCCCCAUCACCCCGCUUCUCCACCACCCCCCGGUUCGGCGGCGCAGGGCCAAACACGCCCCGCCACGGCCGCAAGAACUCGGCCGGUCCCGCCUACCCGUCGUCGCCCAGCACCGGGUGGUCGAGCUGGAUGAGCUGGGCCGGGCUCGGCGGUGGCGGCGGCGGCGACGACCACGGCGGCGCAGGGCGCGACUCGCGCGAGAAGGCGGGCACGCUCCCGACCUACGGCAAACGCGCGCCGCUCACGCCCCGGCCGUUCUACUCGGACGGCGGCGGCCGCAGCAGCGCAGGCGCUGCCACCGGCCCCCUCGUCCUCGUCCGCAACCUCGUCCUGCGGCCCAUCUACCUCCUCGGCCGACGCGGCCCGAUCCUGCCCAUCGUCGGCUUCGUCCUCGUCCUCCUGUGCUACCUGUCGUACUCGACCUCGCCGUCGUCCCAGUCGGUCAAGCUGCGCGUCCAGGGCGCCGUCGGGCCCUACAUCCCGCAACGAGCCGCCGACGCGAUCCGGUGGCACGGCUCGGACGUGCAGCGCCCGCUUCCCGGCGGCGUCGGCGCCGGCGCGCGAGGCGACUUUCUCGACAGCGAGGGCCUCGUGCCUGUCGAGCGCAAGCAGGUCGUGCACCCGCUCCGCCCCGAGGACCUGCCGCCCGUCGGGACCGACAGCCGCCUGCCGCUCAAGGAGGGCAAGCCGCACCCGAUCCCGGCCAUGAUGAAGCGGGCCAAGAAGCAGUGGGAGGACCUCAAGGCGCGCCAGAGCUCGACGUUCGCCGAGGCCGUCAACGAGUACAAGCGGCGACACGGGCGCAACCCGCCAAAGGGCUUCGACAAGUGGUACGCGUUCGCCAAGGCCCACGAGGUGCUCCUCAUCGACGAGUUCGACCUGAUCGAGAAGGACCUCCUCAUGUACCGCGCGUUCCCGCCCCGCAUCUUCCGCAAGCGCGUCGCCAACAUCCCCGAGACGAUGGACACGACCUGGACGAUCCGCCUCGAGCGAGGCCGCAUCCUGCGCGAGGGUCCGCUCGCGCACCACGACCGCGCAAAGGGCGUCGAGUCGCUCAUGAACCGGUUCGCGGCCUACCUGCCCGACAUGACCGUCAUCUACAACGGCCACGACAACGCGCGCAUCGCCGUCGCCGCCGAGGAGCGGAUACGGCUCGAGAGCCUUGCGCGAGCCGGCGAGUACGACGACGACGACGACCCGCCGUUCGACCCCAAGGACCGAGGCCCGUUCCCCAACUGGGGCUACACGGUCUUCUGCCCGCCCGAGAGCCCGGCGCGCGAGCUCGGGUUCGAAAAGUACGGCUACCACGCCGACCUGUCGUCGACCGGCUUCGAGAUGCCGCCGCACCCCGAGGGCUCGAUCGGGUCGCUCAUCGGCGACUUCAAGAACUACAUGGACGUCUGCUACGCGCCGCACUACCGCCACACGCACUGCACGACGUCGUGGGUCUUCUCGCACCACCCGACGCCCGUCAUGCCCAUGUUCACGCCCGGCGUGCAGACGACGUUCGGCGACGUGCACGCCCUCAUCGUCGAGCAACUCGAGCUCGAGGCCAAGCACGACCCGACGUGGGAGGAGCGGCCGUUCACGUCGCUCCAGUGGCGCGGCCAGACGUCGGGCCCGCUGUGGGAGUCGAUCACGCCGUGGCGCACGUCGCACCGCGCCCGGCUCCACCUCCUGUCGCACCAAGAAGACGGCCUGCGCAACAUCACGGUCACCGACGGCGACGACAUCAUGCACUCGGUCGAGGUCCCCAACUAUCGCGUCAACCCGCUCUUCCUCGACGCCGGCAUGGUCGGCCCGGCGGUCCAGUGCGUCGAGGAGGACGGCACGUGCGACAAGAUGUUCGAAGUCUUCCAGGGCUACGACAAGCGCAUCUCGUUCGACCGCGCGAGCCUGUACAAAUACGUGCUUGAUAUCGACGGCAACAGCUGGUCUGGCCGUUUCCGCCGCCUCAUGAUGUCCAACGCCGCCGUCGUCAAGGCGACUAUCUUCCCCGAGUUCUGGACCGACUGGGCGAUCCCAUGGCUUCACUUCAUAUUAAUUUUAUUGUUCAAACAUGAGAGCUUAGAGAUUGCGCUCGCGGGCAAGGAGUGGGUCCGAGAGUGCUACCGGUGGGCCGACCUCGAGGCGUACCAGUUCAGGCUCAUGCUCGAGUACGGGCGCUUGUACAACGACGAGGACGAGCCGGGCAGCAACGACUUUACGGGCGACACGUCUGUCGAGCCUCGAUGGAACGGGCCCGUCCUCCUCAAAUAGCCUUGCUCGCCUCUUCUCCCUCCCUCUUCCUCUCCCUCUCUCUCUCGCACCCACCACACACUCUGUCAUCCCCUCACUCAUGCUGCAUCUCGCCUCCCUUGUCGUUUAUCGGACGCAUCUCAUGCCUCUCGAGGAACUUAGACCUCGCCUCGCCUCUCU